GUGGCUCCAACACCGCUUCCAGGGCUGCCAGGGACCCCCCAGUGCGCUCAGGGCUCAGCAGGGGCCCGGGGGAGUCAUGUGGCUGCCCCCCGCUCUUCUCCUCCUCAGCCUCCCAGGGUGCUUCUCCCGCCAAGGCUCGGAGUCUGUGAGCGGCUGGGAGCGAGGAUCCCUGACCGUGCCGUGUCGCUAUGGCCACGGCUGGGGGAACUACGUGAAGUACUGGUGCCGAGGGGCUGCCUGGAGCAGCUGCCGGAUCCUCGUUAGCACCACUGGGACAGAGCAGGAGGCGAGGGAGGGCCGCCUGUCCAUCAGGGACCAUCAGGGAGACCGCGUGUUCACCGUGACCAUGGAGGCGCUCAGGCUGGGCGACACGGACACUUACUGGUGUGGGAUUGAGAGAGUCGGAGCUGACUUAGGGGACAAAGUCCAAGUGACCGUUUUCCCAGAGGGAACAGAUCUGAACCCACCGACCAGCAACCACACAGCGGUCGCCUCCGGCCCCCACGCCAGGACCCGCCACGUGCUCCUGGUGUUCGUGAAGGUGCCCAUCCUGCUCCUCGCCGUGGGGGCCGUGCUCUGGUGGAAGCAGGCCGCGGGGAGCCCCUCGCUACAAGCUUGUCCUCUGGCCGUCUGAGCAGACCCAGCCCGCAGACAGUGAACGGAAAUCCCACCCUGGGCCCCAUUCCAGCGGAGAGAGGGCUCAGGGGGAGCGUCUGGGAGCCUGGGGGGGCGUCCGAGCCAGGGCCUGGCGCCUCUAGCCCCUGCGCCACCAGGGAGGCCCUGCAUGUUGCUGUUUAUACCCAAGAGGGGCAGAGCCUGGGAGGGCGGAUGCGGAGGCUCCCCCCCCCCCCACCGCCUUCUGGAGUCGGAGGGGGGGCGGGAGGCCCUGUGGCCCAGAGCGGAGCUGUGUUCGGGACACGCGCAGACCCGGCGCCUCGGCCCCGGCACACACACACACACACCAGACACCUGCGUGAGCCGGGCCGAGCCGGGCGGCCGGAGGGGCCUCCCGGCUGCAGAACACGCCUAGGUGAGCCCCGGAGCACCUGCGGCCUGGCGAGCUAGGAAGACCCAGCGCUUCUGGGACAAAGCCCGGCGGUGCUGCAAGGCCGCUCUGGGCUUUCUCUUCUCUGACAGUGCUGAGGCAGGAAAAAAACCCGCCCUGUGUGUGCGCAUCGCGGGGUAAGGCUGGGCAGGGGCCCUGAGAAAGCCUGGGGGUCUCUGCGGGGGGGACAGACGCCACUCUGAGUAAGGGAGCCGGAGCCCCGCAGGACGGGGAGGCAGGGCGCAUGGAUCCCGGCUGCCGGCUGCUCUGCCUGGAUCCCCUCCUCCGUCCCCCCUCCUCCGUCCCCCGCUCCCCCUUUGCUCACCUCAGAGGUGCAGGAGGGUCCACGCUUCUCCCAGACGUUUCCCUGCAAUUUCUGGAACGCUCAGUCCUCCGCCGGAGCGGGCGCCCUGGGGACGCUUGCAGGUGAAGGGCAGGAGGGCAGAGGAAGGCCGCAGCAGGCACCUGCCUGUCUUGUCUGCCCCCCUGGGGUGCGGGGGCACAGCAGCCAGAGAGACUGAGGAGGCCACAGGAAAUGGGGGCGCCCGGAGCGGCCCUGGUGAAGCUGAGCUGCUGACUGCACACGCGGAAGGGCCGGAUUUUACAGCAGGUGAAUUCUGUCUUCCAAGCAGCAAUCGCUGUGUCCGAUGGUCCGGGGACAGGACUGGCCAAAACAAGGACUGCGCUCCCCCCGGCGGGCGCCUGCGCAGCGGGCGGAACCGAUCUCCCAGGCCCCUCGCACCCCCGCUGCUCCCCAGCACUGGGCUUCCCCACCUGCCUGCUCUGCUCCCCGCUCUGUCUCUG